AGGAAAUGUCAUUCAACUAUUCCUUUUGACAUCGUUCAUAAAUCUUUAAUUUAUAAUUUUGAUAUCAGAAACAGUUUUUUUUAGUAUAACGUAGAUUGUUAUGAUUGUGGAAACAGAAUCUCCAUCAUGGCUCUGAAGAAAGUUAAAGGAAAUUUUGAAAGAAUGUUUGACAAAAAUUUGACUGAUUUAGUACGCGGAAUCAGAAAUAACAAAGAUAAUGAGGCAAAAUAUAUAGCUCAGUGUAUGGAAGAAAUAAAAGUAGAACUAAGACAAGAUAAUAUCAGUGUGAAAGCUAAUGCCGUCGCUAAACUGACAUACCUUCAAAUGCUAGGCUAUGAUAUCUCAUGGGCAAUUUUCAAUAUAAUUGAAGUUAUGAGUUCGAAUAAAUUUACUUUUAAACGGAUAGGGUAUUUAGCAGCAAGUCAAUCAUUCCAUGCAGACUCCGAAUUACUUAUGCUCACAACAAAUAUGAUCAGAAAGGAUUUAAAUGCUCAAAACCAGUAUGAAGCAGGUCUAGCACUUAGUGGUCUAAGUUGUUUUAUUUCACAUGACCUGGCAAGGGAUUUGGCUAAUGAUAUAAUGACAUUGAUGAGUUCAACAAAACCUUACUUGAGAAUGAAAGCUGUGCUCAUGAUGUAUAAAGUAUUUUUAAGGUAUCCGGAGGCUCUGAGGCCUGCAUUUCCUAAAUUAAAAGAAAAAUUAGAGGAUCCUGAUCCUGGUGUCCAAUCUGCAGCGGUAAAUGUUGUUUGUGAAUUAGCAAGAAAAAACCCGAAAAAUUAUUUAUCUCUUGCACCAGUGUUUUUCAAACUAAUGACAACUUCAACAAAUAAUUGGAUGCUGAUCAAGAUUAUUAAACUGUUUGGUGCCUUAACCCCAUUAGAGCCUCGACUUGGCAAGAAACUGAUAGAACCAUUAACUAAUUUAAUACAUAGUACAUCAGCGAUGUCCCUGCUGUACGAGUGCAUCAAUACGGUGAUAGCGGUGCUGAUCAGCAUCAGCAGCGGCAUGCCGGGCCACGCCGCCUCCGUGCAGCUCUGCGUGCAGAAGCUCAGAGUGCUCAUAGAGGAUAGCGACCAGAAUUUGAAAUAUCUAGGAUUGCUGGCCAUGUCUAGAAUACUCAAGUCGCACCCCAAGUCGGUGCAGACUCACAAGGACUUAGUGUUAACGUGUUUAGAUGAUAAGGAUGAGUCAAUUAGGUUGAGAGCUUUAGGCCUUCUAUAUGGUAUGGUAUCCAAGAAGAAUUUAAUGGAGAUAGUGAAGAAGCUGAUGGUGCACAUGGAGGGCGCGGAGGGCACGCUGUACCGCGACGAGCUGCUGACGCGCAUGAUCGAGAUCUGCUCCCAGAACAACUACCAGCACGUCGUGGACUUCGAGUGGUACGUCACCGUGCUCUCCGACCUCGGCGAGAUGGAGACCUCUGCCAAGCACGGCUGCAUCCUGGCGCAGCAGUUGGCGGAGGUGGGCGCGCGCGUGGCGGGCGUGCGCGCGUUCGCGGCGCGCGAGUGCGCGGCGCUGUGUGCGCGCGCCGCCGCCGCGCCGCCCGGCCCCGCCUCGCGCGAGCUGCUCUACGCCGCCGCCUACGUGCUCGCCGAGUACUGCACAGAAGAGAGCGUGAUGCGCGACUCCAUAUCCCCGCUGAUGGGGUGCGCGGGCGUGGGCGGGGCGCAGAUGCGCGCGCGCGCAGUCUGCGUGCACGCCGCGCUCAAGCUGUGCGCGCGUCUGCUGCUCGUCUACGAGCAGCGCAACGACCUCGCCGCCGCGCAAUCGGUGGUACUCGAGACCCUGUCCGGUCUGAAGCCGCUGCUGUGCAGCGAGGACAUGGAGGUGCAGGAGCGCGCGCACAACGCCGCCGCCGUGCUGGCGCUGCUGCUGGCGCGCCUCCACCCAAACCACCCAGACCUCCACCUCCACCUCCACCUCCAGCCCGCUCCGCCCGCGCCUCCCGCCGCCGACACCGCGCAACACGUCGCCACGCUAGUCGAACAUGAACAGAGUAACGGUAUAGAGCCGGAACAGCUUACAAAUGGAGAAGAGCCCUCCCCCGGCUUCAGCGGAGGGAUGAUAGAGGAACUUGCCAGCCUUUUUGAAGGCGAACUCAAACCUGUCGCCCCCAAGGCGCAGAAGAAAGUGCCCAUGCCCGCUGAUCUGCAGUUGGAGAAGUGGUUGUCCCGCGAUCGCUGGUCCUCGGAGAGCUCCAGCUCGGAAGAGGAGUGCGAGAGCGGGGCGGGGGCGGGCGCGGGAGGCGCGAUGUUCACUGCGCCCGCACAAGAACCGCGCCCUCUCUCACAUCUCACGCCGGAGGAACUGCAUAUGCUGCGCGAGGCGCGGCGCCAGGAGCAGGCCAACAACCCACACUACCUGAAGGACGACUCGCCGCGCUCCUAUCAAGAUGACUCCGCGCUGCCCGCCGCCGCGCUGCCCGCCGUGCCCGUCGCAGAGCUCGCGCUGGAGGUGCCGCUGCACAUACACUCUAAGAGAUCUGAUAAGUACUUAAAGGAAAGCACCAAAAAAACAAAGAAAGAGAAAAGGCCGACGAAAAAGAGGAAAACUAAGCAAGCAGACACACAUUCCACAGAUUCCGACAGCGACGAGGAUGUGGAGCGCACGGCGCGGCCCGCGGUGGCGGAGGGCGGGGAGCUGCCCGAGGGCGCCGCGCCCAGCGACGACGAGCCCGCGCGCGACGACCCGCACCGCGCGCUAGACCUCGACCUCGACCUGCCAUUACGCGAAGAAGAAUUACUCGUAACUAGAAUACAGCAGUAUCCAUCACCGGACGGCGUUCACCUCGACAAGAAGAGAACUUCAAAGAAAAAUAAAACAAGCACUAAAAACUCAUCUGAUAAAGUCUCCAAUAAGAAGAAGGAAAAGAAAACGAAGCGUAAUAAAGACUUAGAUUUAAUGUUACCUGAAGUUGAUAAGAAUGUUCCAGAAGUAACGUUGAUAGAGGAGUUGGAUCGCGGCGACACACACACCAGUAAGACUGACAAACACAAGAAAACUAAGAAACACACAGACAAGGAGAGAAAAUCUAAGAAAACUAAAUCUUCGAAAAAAGAGCAAGAUGAGAGCAAGCGUGGCUACGAGGAGGCGGUGGGCAUCUCUACGCCCAGCAAGGAAGCCGCGUAGCGCAGCCCUCCCACACUUUCACACGAGGGCAGUCCAGUGACACAAAGCAGUGCAGUACUACUAGUAUUGGAAUUUAACAAUCAACCAUAGUACUACUACACUACACUACUGCAAAUCUCGUGUGUGUUAACGGUCGAAACACAUGUGUAAAACAAUAUUGUGAGAUAGCAAUAUUGUUGUUAUACAGGUUUCACAACAGUGGAAACUCGCCGUUUAUUUGAACAAGUUAUGUUUCGUUAUAGUAUCAUAUAUAGACAUUGCUUUCAUUCCUCUCUCUAAGUGAAAACGUGUCCAUUUAAAUGUUACAUUUAAAUAUUUCUCUAUCAGUGUAGAGUAAAUUAUAUUAUGUAUAAUCAUGUACAGUUUUAUUAAGAUUGAGAUUUA